AUGGAGGACGCCUUCAGAGCGCGGACGCUGAAGCGGAAAAAUGUCAAAGGCCUUGCACUCAAUGCCGCGGCCUCGAAGCUGGGGCCAAAGCCGUCCGACGGAGAUGCACAGGUGCCUGGAGCUAUCGGGAAUACCGAAAGCAGCCGAACCGACACGUUGGAGAUUGGGCUCGAGUUUCAGCUGGAUCUUCGAAGCGAGGACCUGGUGGUGCUGAAGGAACUCGGUGCUGGCAAUGGAGGCACCGUCAGUAAGGUCAUGCAUGCCUCGACAAAGGUCAUUAUGGCGAGAAAAAUCAUCCGAGUUGAUGCGAAAGAGAACGUGAGGAAGCAGAUAUUACGGGAGCUACAGGUUGGCCGCCAUUGCGACUCUCCACAUAUCGUCACAUUCUAUGGUGCAUUCACGAAUGAAGCCCGAGAUAUUGUGCUGUGCAUGGAAUACAUGGACUGCGGUUCCCUCGAUCGCAUCUCGAAGGAUUUUGGACCUGUUCGAGUCGAUGUCCUAGGAAAGAUUGCAGAGUCGAUUCUCGGCGGACUUGUCUACUUGUACGAAGCACAUCGUAUCAUGCACAGAGAUAUUAAGCCGUCCAACGUGCUGGUCAAUUCAAGGGGACAUAUCAAACUCUGUGAUUUUGGUGUUGCAACAGAGACCGUCAACUCCGUUGCAGACACUUUUGUCGGCACAUCCACCUACAUGGCCCCCGAACGUAUUCAAGGCGAAGCAUAUUCAGUCAGAUCCGACGUAUGGAGCGUGGGCUUGACUAUUAUGGAGCUGGCAGUUGGCCGCUUUCCCUUCGACUCCUCUGACACGUCAGCUGGAGAUAGGGCUAGUGCAGGGCCAAUGGGAAUUUUGGAUCUCCUUCAGCAGAUUGUGCAUGAACCAGCUCCGAAGCUUCCGAAAAGCGACGCAUUCCCAGCCAUUUUAGAUGAAUUCGUUGCUAAAUGCUUAUUGAAAAAGCCCGGAGAACGCCCUACCCCCCGCGAACUCUUCGAUCGUGAUGCUUUCAUUCAGGCUGCCAAAAGAACCCCAGUUAAUCUUCGUGAGUGGGCCAUUAGUAUGAUGGAUAGACACAACAGAAAGUCAUACCUCGCCCCCCCUGCGCCCCGGGCCAUCAACCGGGAUGGCUCUAGGGACUCGAUCUCCGAAUCUGCGCCACCUCAGCAACCGGAUCCAAAUCCGCAUGUAACUCCUACCUCUGGUGAAAUCCCUCUAAACUAUUCUCAUGAGCCAUUCAUCCAACGUGAGGAAGCAACACCACGGAAAUUCACCGCUUCUCCAACUCUCGGCCUUGAACACCUCACUAUCAAUAACCAAGCUUCUCAAAUGAAUGGCCAACCUGGUUGGCCUCGGAGGUCGCCCUUCCUAGCCGGGCAUCAUUCUACAGUUAACUCACCACAGUCAUUUGUGCCUCCGCGCAUGGCUCCUUCGCCACGCCACCCCCAUCCGUCACCUCGAACUGGCGCGCACUCAGCUGGUCUUCCACUUAAAACAGGCCCGUCACCCAGCGGAUCGUUGCCUCCUCCCCCAGGCUCUAGCGGGCUAGGUUCCUGGCAACGAGGCCAAGGCAAUAGGGUUUAG